AUGGUAACAAGGACGGACGGGCGACUGGACCUGUCCGGCAGCGACGUCCCGACCGAGCAGGCGGCCGUGCUCGGCAACCUGCUCUCUACCACAGCCGACGUCACGCAGCUCUGCCUCAACGACUGCCUGCUCUCCGAGGAUGCCCUGAAGGCACUGUGCCUAGGCCUGUGCCUGAACACAUCGGUGGAGCUGCUGGAGCUCCGGGGUAACAACGUGCGCGGCCCAGGCACGGAGCACCUGGCCACCCUGCUCAAGAAGAACGGCCGCCUGCGCGCGCUCACACUCGAGUGGAACAACCUCGGCCUGAGCCCGCCGUCGUUCCGCGUGUUUGCCGACGCGCUGCGCACCAACCGAGGCUUGACGUCGCUGGACCUGCGCAGCAACCAGCUGGACCACCAGUGCGCGGCGUACGUGGCGCGCGCUGUGGCCUCCAACCGCCACCUCAGCCACCUCGACCUGCGCUGGAACGGCGUGGGCGUGCUGGGCGGCCGCAGCCUGGUCGACGCCCUGCAGGCCAACAGGUCACUGACCUCGUGUCCGGUGGACGGUAACGCCCUGCCGCCCGACCUCGCCCAGGCCAUCGCUCUCCGGGUCCGCAACAACCAGGAGCUACUGGAGUCGGAGCGGCACCAGGCGACCGAGCGCUCCCUCCUGACGGCGCAGAUUCAGGUGGAUGGAGUGUUCCGGACUCUGGAGACGGAGCGGGCGUCCUUCUCAGGAGUCCAGGCUGACCUGACCUUCCAGCUGGGUCAGCUUCAGGAGGCGCUAGAGGAACGGAAGGCAGCCGCCCAGCUUCUCACCUCCAAACUGUCUGCCACCACUGCCAAGCUGGAGACCACGGAGAAGGACAGCUUGGAGUGA